UCAACAGUAGGGGGGAGGCAGACGAGCACAAUUGCUUUGCCUGCUAGAAUCGGUGGAUACAAUCUGCUAGGGCGGGCAAUCCCGUUGUAUCUUUGUCUAGCUGUAUUGUAACGUUAUCUUUUAAACAUUUGUCUUUCCUGGACUCUCAGGAUUUCCGCCAAGGGAUGUCAAAGCGAGUACGAAGCAGAGAGGUCUGCGCUGAUUGCAGUGCUCCGGAGCCACGCUGGGCCUCUGUUAACAGGGGUGUGUUGAUCUGCGAUGAGUGCUGCAGCAUCCAUCGGGGUCUGGGGCGACACAGCUCUCAGGUCCGACAUCUGACUCAUUCUCCAUGGCCAUCCUCCCAGUUACAGAUGGUCCAGACACUGUAUGGUAAUGGAGCCAAUUCCAUAUGGGAGCAUAGCCUUCUGGACCCUUCUUCUUCAGUGAGUGGGAAGCGCAAAGCCAACCCCCAGGACAGAGUUCAUCCCAACAAGACGGAGUUCAUCAAGGCCAAAUAUCAGAUGUUGGUGUAUGUCCAUCGGAUGCCUUGUCGGGAAGAUGACAGUGUAACCGCAAAAGACCUCAGCAAGCAACUCCACUCGAGUGUUCGGACAGGAAACCUGGAGACCUGCCUACGACUCUUAUCUUUGGGAGCACAGGCCAACUUCUUCCAUCCAGAGAAAGGAAACACUCCACUACACAUAGCAGCAAAAGCGGGACAAAUGUUACAAGCAGAACUGUUGGCAGUUUAUGGAGCUGAUCCCGGGGCUCUGGACUCCAGUGGAAAGACCCCCAUCGAUUGUGCAAGACAAGCUGGGCACCAGGAGCUGGCAGAGAGGCUGGUGGAGAUACAGUAUGAACUCACUGACCGGCUAACAUUUUACCUUUGUGGAAGAAGACCAGAUCACAGAAACGGGCAACACUUCAUCAUUCCUCAGAUAGCAGACAGAAAUAACAGCCUGGAUUUGUCAGAGUUUGCAAAAGCUGCAAAGAAGAAGCUCCAGUCGCUAAGUAACCAUCAGUUUGAAGAACUUGCCAUGGAUGUUUAUGAUGAAGUCGACAGAAGAGAAACAGAUGCAGUGUGGUUGGUCACUCAGAACCACAGCACACUUGUAACGGACACCACGGUUGUGCCUUUUCUGCCUGUCAAUCCAGAGUACUCCUCUACCAGAAACCAGGGUCGUCAAAAAUUGGCACGGUUUAGUGCUCAUGAAUUUGCCACCCUGGUUAUUGAUAUUCUCACUGAUGCUAAACGACGGCAGUGGGGUAAUUCCUGCGACAGUCCCAAAGAGAGUGUGGAGUUGAUCCUUCAGGGAAUAGACAGUCGCCAUAACAGUGACAGCCAGGAUAAUGACCAACCUGAUUACGACAGUGUGGCGUCAGAUGAAGAUCCAGUGCAAGAGGCCACGUGUGGGGACAGCAGCAAUGACAGAAGAACCAAGAGCUCGGAGUCAUCUGACCUCUCCGAUGGACCAAUCACAGUUCAUGAAUUUAUGGAGGUGAAGAGUGCCCUGACCGCAUCAGAAGCCAAAAUACAGCAGCUUCUCAAAGUCAACUGUCACCUCAGUGAAGAGCUGCGGAGCAUGCAGAGCAAGCUGAACUCCCUGCAGACUGAAAACACAACACUGCGAUGGCAACCCCCCAGCGGACCACAACAACACCUACAGGGGCCCUUUGGUCGACACCCACCCCGAGGAGGUCGCGCCAUGUCCAUGUACGAGACGGGCUCUUCUCCCAGGCAGUACCUCCACCGAGUCGAGACGGCUCGGCAUGAGGAUGGAGUCGUGUUACAACCCUUCCCAACCAACAUUGGGAGGGGUCCUUUGGGGACGGCUGCUUCCUCCCUCCCUACCUUCCCCUCUUCCCUGUCCUGGUCGUGGGAUGAGCGAUCUCGAAGGGGCUGCAGUCUGGAAGGACAGAGUAUGAUGCUGGAGAGCGAUUAUGACACGACGCCCGACCACUCUGAGCUGGAGGAGACUGGCAGCCCUCGUCCAGCCUCUGAAGCAGUGGAGGCACGGGAGGAGGGUGAGGAAGAUGCCGCCCUGCCAUGCACAGAGGAUGUCAUCUGUAAGACCGAGCAGAUCACUAAGAACAUACAGGAGCUUCUGAGAGCUGCCCAGGAGACCAAACAUGAAAGCUUCCUGCCUUGUUCAGAAAAGAUCUGCGUGGCUGUGAAAGAGAUGGCCGCCCUGUUUCCCAAGAGGCCGUCCUCGGAGACCGUGCGAGGGUCUCUGUGUCUGCUCACUUCGAGUGCCAGCCGGCUCCAUGGAGAGUGCCAAAAGGCCGCGGAGCUCAACCCCUGCCCGUCGGACAUCCAGCUGGUCACUCAGCAGGUCAUCCAGUGCGCCUAUGACAUUGCCAAAGCUGCCAAGCAACUUGUCACUGUGACAACCAAAGAAAACAACAACUAGCUAAAAACCCAAAGACAUUCCUGAAAACCCCUAAAAUAGUUUAUCCAUCUAAUUUCAAUUUAAACACAAUUAGUUUUCUCAUAAUAAUCAGCAAUCAUUCACGCACAUUCCUUAAAGUAAAGUAAAGAAAGACGCACCAUGCAAAAUUACAGAUCAAUCAAAACAUGUAUUUAUUUUGUUGUUUUUGUAUCAUGGUAAUACAGAGUGAACAAAUCUACAGCUGUAGGACAAAAUCUGUUCCUUACCUCACAGAGAGAUAACAGUUUAAUGCACACAGAAUCCAAAAGUGCAAUGUGUGUGUGUGUGUGUGUGUGUGUGUGUAUAUGUGUGUAUAUAUAAAAAACCAUAAGAACAACAAGCAGUUGCGCCUUCUACAUUGUACUUUUCCACAUAGAGGUCAUCAUUUGUGCUCCUUGAGCUCGGGUGUCUGGCAGUUCUGAGCUGCCAGAAGGGGACACAAGUCUCACCUGGCAUCAAGGAUCAGAAUAGAUCGACCUUAAUCUACACCAGUGUCAUCCCUUUAUUUUCCUUCAGCCAUUUAAAAUGUGUUUUUUUAAGAUGCAAUGACAGUAUUUUAGUCUUGAACCAUUGUGAUGCCACUUGCUUAGAGUUCAAAUGUUUGUUUAGUGAGCAAACUGUGAUUACGAAAGUAGCUUCAGUGCAUUGAGCACCAUGUCAGGCCAGCAGUACCAAGAGUGCACAAACCUUCAUUCCAUCCAGCAGGGGAUUCAGUAAAGUAUCCGUAGUUCUUGGAGUUCUAAUGUUACAGCCAUACUUACUGUGUGUGUGUGUGUGUGUGUGUGUGUGUGUGUGUGUGUGUGUGUGUGUGUGUGUGUGUGUGUGUGUGUGUGUGUGUGUGUGUGUGUGUGUGUGUGUGUGUGUGUGUGUGUGUGUGUGUGUGUGUGUGUGUGAGAGAGUGUCUGUAUGUGCACCUGUGUGUAUGUGUGUCACAGAGAUGGCCCGUGUGAAUUCCAUUUUGAAUCAAUUUGAAUAGCAUUAUGCAAAUAUAUAAGAUGUAUGUAUCUAUGUAAUUCUUUAUCAAAAAUAACCCAAAUGCUAUUCUAUUUAUAAACUGUAUGUCAUACCUCUAAGAAAAUAUCAAUGUUUAUUUUCAUAAGCUUUUGUUUAACAUGAACGCAGACUAACUUGUUCUGAGGUUUGGGACGUCUCAGCUGGCAGUAAGUUAUGGGCAACUUGUGAUCUCUUGUUUAUUUGGUGUGGUGCUGUAACUCCAGUGUGUUAAAUGCUACCAGUGGUCACAUGCGUACAGCUAUGGUUUACAAUCACUGAUGAAGUAAAUGUGCCCUCAAAGUCAGAGUACUUGUUGUAUAACUUGGGUCUAAUGUCAUUGUUGUGAGCCAGAUCAGUCUCAACCAGGGGUGGAAAGAGAACCAGAAUACACUGCGCACAUGUAGUACAGUUCAUUCAUUAUUACUCAAGUAAGAGCAGGAAAGCUUUCUCAGGAGGUCGCCUAACAAAGAGGUUCAAAGCAAACGUCAUAGAUGAGUAUUACAAUGUAUUUACAUCAUCUUCAGUACAGAUUAUUACACCAUUAAAGUCUUAAAAGUGUUUUUUGUUUUGGACCAGACCUCAAGGUUUAGCUUCUUCUGUGACCUUCCAGCUACAUUGCACCGUCAAGGAGUUGCUUUUUUAAAAUCAUUUUGUCGAAAACAUUUAUUUUGUAGUGUAAACUGAAGAGAGAACUAGUUAUGCCAACAGUUUUUAGCCUCCAAUUACUGUUUUCCUUUGUUGCACUGAUGGUCUUAAUGCAAAACGAUGUAACACUCCAGUAACUCAGUAAUAAAUAAUAUAGUAUAAUGUGCUAACAUUCUCCACUAUGAGCUAGUGGUCAUACAGACCCAGUAAGGCUGCUUUGGCAAAACCCCCGAGUGUAAUGAUUUGCACAAUAGUGCAUUUAAUUGCUUAUGUGUUCAACUUUGUAAGAAGAAGAAUGUGUUAUUUCCUCUUUCAAAAUGUCUUAUGGAAACCCAUUUCUGCCCAUGUGAUAGAAACAAAAGAUCCUGUUAGUCAUUUUAAUGAGAAACAUUCUCGAAAUAAUAACUAUAUUUAGAAAAUGAUUAAAAAAAAGAUGAUGGUAAUACAAGUGUGUGUGUAUGGAGUUUCUUUCCACCCCUGGUUUCAACCCUUAAUAUCCUGUAACUUAUAGCCUACCACUGCCUGUGUGGUUAAAAACAAUCCCUGCCUUAGGUUUAAUAAAGUAUAAUUCAUACCUCAA